UCGAUGUUGCCGCCGGCUCGACGCGGAGGUCCAGGCGACGGUUACAACUGAUGGUUUCCAACGGUAUUGUUAAAUGUUAACUGAGACUCACUUCCAAAGACGUCUGGUUUUUUUAAUUAACCGCACAGGACACAAGUCUGAGGCGUUUGAGCUUUCCAUUCCCGAAGCAAGAUGUUUGGCUUCCACAAGCCCAAGAUGUACCGGAGCAUAGAGGGCUGCUGCAUCUGCAGAGCCAAGUCAUCCAGCUCCCGCUUCACAGACAGCAAGCGAUACGAGAGGGACUUCAAGAGCUGCUUCGGGCUGGGUGAGGUGCGUUGUGGGGACAUCUGCAACGCCUGCGUCCUCCUGGUCAAGAGAUGGAAAAAACUCCCAGCAGGAUCCAAGAAGAACUGGAAUCAUGUGGUUGACGCAAAAGGUGGAGCGAGUAUGAAGGCCACACUCAAGACCAAGAAGAUAAAGAAGAAGGCGAGGCCGAGCCAGAUCAGCCGGGUGCAGAGCGAGCUGAAGAGAAACAACUCAGACGCUCACAGCACCACCUCCAGUGCCUCGCCAGCACAGUCGCCCAGCUACAGCAACCAAUCAGACGAGGGCUCGGACACAGAGCUCUCACCUGGCACCGCCCACUCCCCGGCCUUCUCUUUCCUGGAUCUCACCUACUGGAAAAGGCAGAAGGUGUGCUGUGGGAUUGUGUACAAGGGACGCUACGGAGAAGUCAUCAUCGACCCUCACCUGUACAAGCCCUGCUGUCAGAGGAAACAAACACAACACCAGCAACAGGAGGAAGAGGAGGAGGAAGAGAUAGAGGAAGAAGAGGAGGAGGAGGAAGAAGAGGAGGAUGGGCAGGCAAAUGGAGAGUGUGCAGAGAGCAAGUCGCCGCCCGCUGAGGUGGAAGAGGAAGAACGGGUGGAGGAGAAAGAGGAGCAGGGAGGAGAGGAAUGGUGAUUUUAACACAGGGAUGGGAAAGUCUUCCUGGACGGACAGAUGUACUGUACAAGGCACUAAAAAAGGACACUCUACCAAACUUGUCAUAACACAUGACGUCACAACCAAGUCGCACUGCGGUUUGUCCGUCUUUUACAAGCUGCUGCAACCAUUCCUGUUUUUUUUAUUUUUGUUGUUGUUUUGUUUGUUUGUUUUUCUCCAGCCAUGAGGUGAUGAGGCUUUCCUCCUUGUUCUGUUAUCACCUGGACACCUUGGAUUUAUUCUGCUUUGUGUCUUGGAGCGCUAUGAGAUUCUACCAUUUUUGUUUUGUUGUUGUAAAUACUUUAUUUUGCUCUUUCUGUCUGAAAUGCUGGAUCGACAAAAGCUGCAUGGAAACCUGGAGACCUCUGGAAAAUUUACCCUUUACUUUUAGGAUGGAGCCAUAAGCUAGAAAAACAGCCUUUCACUCUUUUUGCCUUUUCCUCGUCUUGAUUCUUCACUCUUUAUUUUCUGCAAUUUUUUCUACUUCAGUCUUUUCAUGUACGACCUGAACUGUCUUUUUUUUUUGGUUAAAAUUCAAGAACUUUUGGGUUUGCUGUGUGAGGUGUGAGAGAGAUGCAUUCAUCCUGGUGAAGAUGACGUGGCGAAGGCUAAAGGCACGCCGCCGCCGACUUCUUUAAAAAGUCAUGAAGUUACCAUGUUCUCUAUUGUGCUCUGGUCCCUUUUUUUUUUUUUUUUUUUUUGAAGCUGUAAAUAAUGAAAGAUGAUAAAACAUGACUGAAUCACUGCUGUAAAAAAAAAAAAAAAAAUACAAAACUAAAUAAAUUCACAGUGCACAUAGAAAGCACAAACAUUAUCAGGGAGACUUUUGGCUCUGAGCACUGGUCUAGAUGCAGCUGUUCUUUGAAACCCUCAACUGAACCAUUAUAAGCUAUAAAAAAAAAAAAAAAGAAAAGAAAAAUCCUCGGGAAGACGGCGACAA